CAGAGAGUGCAGAGAUGGCGCGGCAAAGCUGAUGUAAUUUGUGAUGUGUCAGUAGCUAUGCUUCCGAAGCUUGAUUUACAUGGUGGCAGAGGUCACAGAGACCAGGAGACCAAAUCCGGCAGUGAGGCGGUGGUUGCACUUCCGAAGCUCCGCUUGCUGCGGCAGGUGGGUCGAGAUGAGCACGAGCCGAGCCGGGUGAAUGCGAGGACGCCGCGGGCGAAUGCACCGCGCAGUCCCCGCAGUCCAAGCCUGGAGGCGCCCAAGCGCGGGAGGGGCAUGCGACCUGGCCGGGAGGUGCGAUCUCCUUCUCCAGUUCGGCAUGGGCAUCAUUUUGCAGAGGAGCAAAGCUUUGUGCCACAACAAGAUGCUCAACACAGAGUUCGUCAGGUUUUACGGCAGAAGCGCAGGAAAGCCAAGGAAGAGGAGGAGCUUAAAGCCCUUGAGGAGAAGGAACGCCAAGAGCGCCAGCAGAAGUCCUUGCCGCAAGUGGAGGCCUACCGCCGGGAGUUGGCGCGGAAGGCGGCGGAGAUGCAUCGUCGCGAGAGGGCGACCAAGGAAACAGCCGCCCACGAGCAGGAGCAACUUGCUUCUGCACGCCGGGAGCGGGUGAACAGGUAUCUCACGCCUGACGUGAUCAGCACGCACUUGCGCAGGUUUGAAGAGAGUUCGGAGAUGUCCCAGUCCGGAGAGGAGAGGGAGAGGAAGCGCCCCGCGGGAUCGUCAAUAAGGCGCGCGCCGCGGAUGGAAAGCGAAAGCAGGGAGGUGGUGAUUUGUGGCAGCUUUGCCACCGGAAGCGUGCGCGCGAGGCACAAGGUGAUGCUUUCUCCAAGGCGACAAGAAAAGACUGGAACUCGGCCGCUUCAAAGUCAGCAGAGCUUGCCAAAAGCAAACCUUCUCGAUGUUGGGGAGGUGUCUGCAGCUAGCACUGCCGCUGAACCACGAGUUCCCGAGCGGUCAGAACAGCCUGAGGCGCCGAAGGAGGAGCCACAGCUUGACACCGAGGUGCCACCGGCCGCGGAGUCGUCACCGCCCGAGCAGCCGGCGCCAUCAGAAGGGCCAGUGCUUCCGCAACCGGCGCCCACAGACCCGGCACCGCCUGAGCCGGUUGCGGAUGCCUUGGAGACGCCCGCGCCAGCUGAGCCAGCGCCAGCUGAGCCAGCGCCAGCUGAGCCGGCGAGCGCGGAGCCCGCAGAGCCCGCGAGCGCGGAGCCCGCGGAGCCGAUUGCGGGCAAGGCUGAGGAGCACCACGAGGCACAGGAAGAGCUGCCCAAGGAGGUUGAGAUACCCAUAGGUGUCGGGGAGCCUGCGAAGUGAGCCGUGCGUCACACGAUUCCUUUCUGAAAUGGCAGCUGCGUGUUCUUUUUUGUCAUGGCUUCGUGGAGACCAGAAUCUCCGGGUUAGGGCUAGGA